AGUUAAGAAGUAGAGACUUAGAGAUUUCAACCCAAAUUGCUUAAGAUUGUUGCUAAUCAUCGCGAAGCUCACAAACUACUUGGUAGAAUUUAUAUAUCUUAUACUACCAAUUAACAGAAUAUUUGAAGAAAAAUGAAAUUUGAAGAAUUUUGACAAGAAAUCUAUACAGCCGUUUGAUUCUAACCAGCAUAAAUCCUAAAUCGCCUCUCAUAAAUCGAAAACAUGGUCAUUAUAGAGAACAAAUUUGUCAAAUGUUUGUUCUCGUGAUCAGAAUGUCUAACCAAUUUCCUUUUUAUUCUCAUCUCUGUUACUUACAUGUGAUUAAUUGUUUAGCCCAAAUAUAAUUAUGAAGGACAAUUGGUGUCACAAUGUAGGAGAGUCUAGAGAAUAGUAUUUCCCAUUGCAAAACUAUGGAUGGAGCGUCUUCAGCAGCCAUUGAAGUUCUUGUCCAAAACCUGAUCAACCUUUUCAAGGAUGAGUAUUCUCUGCUUCGAGGUCUCGAUAAAGAUGCUCAACAGCUGCAGAGGACUUUGGAGACGAUUCAAGCAUACUUGAAUGAUGCUGAGAAGAAAUCCAUCACCCAAGAUUCGGCCAAGAUCUGGUUGAGGGAGCUUGAAGUCGUGGCUUUCGAUGCUGACAACGUCUUGGAUGAACUCAGCUAUCAUCUUCUCCACAAAAAAGCGAAGAAAAUGAGGACACCCAAAGGCAAGGAUAAGGUACUCUCAUGCUUCUCAUCAUUUAAUGGCAUUUUGCAUCGGCGUGAUAUGGCACACACGAUCAAACAAAUCAAUGCUACUUUUGAGUGUAUGAAUAAAAGGGCAACAGAUCUUGGCAUUCAAAGCGUGAUUGUGAACGCACCUGCUAUUGCUCAUACUUCCAUUGAGACGGAUUCGUUCAGUCUUGAUCCAAUCUUUAUUGGAAGAAACGAUGAUGUGUCUAAACUAGUUGACAUGCUCACCCAGAUCCACGAAGAUCGGAUCUUUUCCAUGGUUGCUCUUGUGGGAAUGGGGGGUAUGGGGAAGACUACGUUGACUAGGAAAGUCUUUAAUCACGAAAGCAUAAAGGCUCGAUUCGGAUCACUUAUUUGGGUUCAUGUUUCUCAAAAAUUUGAUCCAAUUAGUCUUUUCAAAAAAAUCCUUUCGGCAUUGACUUCAGAUGGUGAUGGAGUUGAGAGGAGGGAACUAAUCCUGAAAAGGCUUCAAGAAGUUCUCAAGUCUAAAACUUAUCUUCUUGUCCUUGAUGAUGUAUGGAACGAAGAUGUUCAAAUGUGGGAAGACUUUAUAAAUUCCAUGUCUGGAGUUACUUCCACUACGGGAAAUAGCAUUUUGAUCACUACCAGGAGUGAAAAAGUUGCUUUUACUGUUAACCAAUUUCAUAUUCAUCAUUUGAAUGGCUUAUCAGAUGAAGACUGUUGGUCCUUAAUCAAGGCCAAAACUUUUGAUAAGAAUGGUGAAGUUCCAUCCGGAUUUGAGAUGAUUGGAAGACAGAUUGCUAAAAGAUGUCGGGGUUUGCCUUUAGCUGCCAAUGUAGUCGGAGGAGUACUUCGCAGUAAGUCCGAGGAAGAGUGGUGCUUAAUCAAUGAAAAUUGGCUUUCAGAUGCUCAAGGAGGUGAAAAUAUCUCAAAAAUAUUGAAAUUGAGCUAUGAUCACCUACCCUCACCGUCGCUCAAGAAGUGCUUCACGUUUUGUUCGGUUUUCCCCAAAGGUCGGAAAAUCCUGAAGGAGGAGUUGAUUGAACUAUGGAUGGCAGAAGGGUUUCUUCAACCAAGCCGAAGAAAUGACAUGGAGUCCGUGGGUGACAUGUUUUUUAAUGUGCUUCUACAGAACUCUUUGUUGCAAGUUCAAAUGGGAGGUGUUUAUGGAAAUUUGAAAAGUUGUAUGAUGCAUGAUCUUGUGCAUGAUCUUGCAUCUUCUGUCGUAUCCAAUAAUGCAGAUGGCAGUAUUGUAGUUCGAUACAAGUUUCUUGAAGAAGAAUCAAGUCCUAUUCCAAAAAAUGUGGCUAAGCAUUUGCGUACAUUAUUCUUGAAAGGUGGAAUUCCUGGUACUAUAUUCUCAAACUUUGAACGUCUGCAUAAUCUGACUCUUUCUGGUGGUUAUAAAGAGUUGCCCAAUUCAAUUAGGGAGUUGAUACAUUUGAGAAAUCUGAAUGUUUAUGAAACAGAAAUUGUAAACUUGCCGAAGUGGAUUGGUGAACUCCAUCACUUGCAAACAUUAAGAGCAUGCUGGAGGUCUGAGAACCUGCCAAGUACGUUGAAGUAUAUGUUUAACUUAAGGCAUCUUCAUAUCGAUUCUAAUACAAAGUUGCCAGAGGAGAUUGGGAGAUUAACUAGUCUUCGUACACUCCCUUACUUCACAGUAGGCAAAGAGAAGGGCUUCCAAAUUGAAGAGCUCGGAAGUUUGAAUAACCUCAAAGGAUCACUAGAGAUUAAAGAUCUGGAGAUGGUGCAUGAUAAAGAAGAGGCUCUGAAAGCAAAUAUGUUUCAGAAACCAAACUUAUUUGAUUUGGCGUAUACGUGGAGUGAUGGUAGAGAAGAAGGAACAAAUGAUGAGAGCGUAUUGGAAGGUCUCCAACCUCAAUCAAAUCUGAAAAAGCUGAAGAUUUCAGGAUUCAAAGGCAUAAGAUUUCCAACGUGGGCUGAGAAGAUGGCUGUACGUGAUGGGCCUCAGGGCUCUUGGGUACCGCUUGACAACUUGACUGAAAUAAAACUCUCCAAUUGCUCAGAAAUAGAGGAAAUCCCAACGCUGGAGCACUUGCCUAAUCUCAAGUCUCUUUCUUUGUACAGACUGAAGAAGGUGAGGCUCAUAAAUGCUUCGUUCAAUCAUUUAACAUCACUCGAAAUAGAAGAGUUAGAUCAAUUGGAUUGUCUGCCAGAAUGGAUAUUCUAUAACAAUCAGAAUCUCUCAUUAUUGUACAUAUCAAAUUGUCGAGUGUUGAGAGAAUUAGCAGGUGUAGAAACCCUCAAUUCUUUGGAGAGUUUGUAUAUUCAUCAUUGUGAAAAUCUGAAGUCGAUUGGGAGUCCAAGUGGCGGAGCAAGACAAUCACAGGGGAUCCUCCGUCGGCUGAGUAUUAGAAGGUGCGGAGAGCUAAUGGAAUUGCCGUGUGAAAUGUUAGAGUUGUGGGCCCCUACAAUUGAGGAACUUGAAUUGGAAGGAUUAAGGAGCCUAAAGAAUCUACCAAUGCUAAUUGACUGCCUCGUAAAAUCAUCUACUUGUCUCAAAUAUUUGACAAUCAGAGGUGUUCCUAAAUUGAAGGCUGCUAGUGUUGAGAGUUGGGAUCUUAGCAGCUUGGAAUCAUUAAGCAUAGAUGUGAGUGUGGAAUGGUCAAGAGGGGAUAGUGUUGGCAUUGCAGAGACUGUGGAAGGAAUGCUGCAAAGAUGCUGCAACUCACUUCGUUACUUAAGUUUGGAGGGGAUGGAAAAUUGGGAGUGGCUGCCCCAAUCAAUUCAAUAUCUCACCACUCUUCUUGAUGAGUUAAGGUUGAGUAAUAUAGGAGUAGAAGAAUUGCCCCAAUGGUUGGGGAACCUCUCAUCUUUAAGAGGGUUAUAUCUAUGGAAUUGCAACAAGUUGAAGCGUCUGACCUCUGUGGAUGCAUUGAAUCACCUCACCAAAUUAGAAGAGUUGUAUAUUAGAGAUUGCCCGGAACUACGUAUUGAUUCGGAGUGGCGCAACCACCAUGGCAAUCUGAAAAUCUAUGUCGAUGGCCACCCCGUUUGAAUGUUGUUGCUAGUAUAGUUUAUGCAAACUCAGGACUUCAGUAAGACAGAUGGGGUCGUAGUCGUCGGUGUCCCAGUUGGUAACGUGCUAAGGAAUUGAGGUCUGAAAUCUUCUAAAUGUUAAUGCUAUUACACCAGUUUAUGUGGAUGAAUAUUUUUUUUACUUUGAUUUGUGGAUCCAUUGGAGUACUUACUGUCAAAUUACUUUAAAUUCCUCUCGGAAUCGAACACAUGACUAUGACUA